AUGAGUACAAACGACACUAAAGUGCUUAGACGACAUAAGGGUACUGUGGUAAUUAGGAAGGUCAAAGGUGAUUAUAGAUGGUCAACGAAAGCCAAAGAGAAAAGUGAUGUUUAUAGCUUCGGUGUUGUUUUUGCAGAGCUCCUUACCGGAGAGAAACAUUUGUCUCCUGAAAGAAAAAUUGAAGAAAGAAAUCUAGCAACAUACUUUUUGAAGGCCUUAAAGGAAGAUCGAUUGAUGGAAAUUCUUGAUCCACAAUUGGUGAGGGAAGCAAGCGAAGAUCAACUAAUUAAAUUGGCUAAACUUGUAAAGAAAUGCCUUAAUGUUAGAGGAGAAGAUAGGCUUACCAUGAAGGAAGUCGUGCUUGAAUUAGAGGGCUUCAAGAACCCAAAUACAUAUUCUUGGUUCAACCAAAACAACCAGGAGGCAAUCAACUUCAUAGGCGAGCAAGAUCUUUACAAUGUUCCUUCAAGUACUACAAUGGAGUACUCUCAAAAUUAUUCAAUGGAAAUUAGUCUAAUCACCGAUAUGAAUCAUCCUCGUUGA